GUAGUGUGGUCCACCCUUGUGCUAUAUAUAACAUAUGAAACACACAACCUAAGAUGAAAUUGUCUUACAAAAGUGGCUCCUAGAUCAUUUUAGACUCAGAAUGGUUUAGAGAGAAAGAAAGAAAAAUUCUAGUGUGUGCAAUUUCAUUAGAGUCAGUCUAGAAAGAAAAUGAGGAGAGUAGAGAUAACGCAUACUAGAGCUUGUUGACAUCUCUUGAAUCAGCUUGAAAACUAUUUGUGUGUAUGUGUGUUAUAUGGAUGAAAGCAGCAAUGAGUCAAGAACAAGAAGAUGAGACCCCUAAAUCUAACAGAAUUGGCUGUGUUGGUGGUAGAAGAGGUGUUGGAAGACCUUGCAAAAAGCCAAAGCCAAAAAGGGUGCCACAGAGAGGACUUGGUGUGGCUCAACUUGAAAAAAUAAGACUUGAAGAAGAACAAAAGGAGAAGGUAGUUCAAGCUGCGAUUGCAUCAUCAACCAAUCCCCUUUUAGAUAUGCAUCAUCAAUUUUUAAACUGUCAUCACUCCAAUCAACCAUCUUCUCCAAAUUCAUUGCCUUCAAGCACUGUUUCAUUUGCAAACAGUUCUGGUGGAUCUAAUGCUGACUUGCAUGGUAUUCCAGCUCUGGGGCAUGUGAGUGGGCCUCAGUUGUGGGAUCCCCAUGAUUUUGAUUUUGGGAAGAAUUUUGGCAUGGAUCCUGCAGGAUUGGCUUUUACAUCAAGUUUGGCAUUUGACUCCAACCCCAUUAGGCCACUUUCCAAUUGGAUGCAAACACAACAUCAUCAUCCUUUUUCACCAAUGGUGAGUGUCUCCUCAGGGACUUCAUCAACAACUAUGCCUCAUUCCUCAGUAGAGCAACCUUCAAACCAAAACUAUAGUGGAAGUUAUGUUUCUAAGAGGCAGGAGGAGAAGUUUCAGAUGAUAGGUAUUAAAAGACCAAACCCUUUCUCUUUGGCUACUUCUCCUGUGUCCUCUUCCAAUUUUAAACCUCUCACUUUUGCUACUACUAUGAAAGCAAGUGAAACAAUUCCAUGCGGGAGUGGAAGAGGAUUCAACUUGGAUUUUGGCAAUUCAACUUUAAGGGAAAUUCCUUCUCUUUCAGCAUCCAACUCAAAUAUGAACUCAAAGAAAAAUAAAAAAGGGAAGAAGAAUAUUGGUGGAGAUUUUCUUAGACUUGCUCCUCCUACUCAAUGCUCAUGUUCCAAGUUAAAGUCUUCUUCAGCUUUCGUAUCAUCUAACCUUAAGGGAAAUAUGAAAGAUCAAGUCGCUCCCCCACCAGGGUUCAAUCCAACUAAUCAACAACGGCAAUAUCGGUACAAUUCCAUCCCUCCAUCAACAAAGGUGACACAAAUUGGACAACAAUCAGAUAGAUUUCAGAACUGUAAUGUGGUGGGAGAAAGUAUUGAUCUUGAUCUCAAUUUGAAGCUGUGAACAUCUUCUGUCCAUUUCUUGUGGAGUCAAUUUCAGGCCAGUGAGACUUGUAUGGUCAUCUUUCAUUUAAUUUUAGUAGUAGGUAGGUACUGUCUCAAAGGGACUAGAAAUCACUGGCCUAUGAGAAGCUAGCUAGAGUGAGAAAAAAAUUAUAUGCCCAUUAAUUUUCUUUGCUUAAUGACUGUGUUUUUAUGAGGCUUAAUUUUGGUGGAAUUGUUGCCUUUGGAGCUUUGGUUAUUUUAUGUUCUCUUGGUUUACAUUUUCUAUGGUUGAUGCCAGAUGGAAUAACAAUGAAAAACUAUUAAGUGCUUAAUAAUGCACAAAUAGAAUGGAAUGCAACAGAGUUUUGUUA